CCACCAUGAAGCUUCUUUCUUCUCUAAGUAUUAUUUUUCUCGCCUCUGCCCCCCUUGCCAAAGCUUGGACGGUCGCUUUCUAUUCUAGCCACAACAAAUGUCAUGGCUGGCAACCUGGUGGAGCAGGAGACAAUGGCAGACCACGUAGCUGCGAAAAGCUUGAGGACAAUUGGUGGUCUGCCGAGUUUAAAUCCCACGGUGAACCAUAUAAUAUUGUUUUUUGGAAAGGGAAAAACUGUGAUGGAGAAUAUUACACUCCGGGCAGUGCUCCCCACAGUUGCAGCGAUCUCGAAGGCAUGCACAGUUAUGCUGUCCUGAAACGUAAAUAGAGGACUAGUCUGUCUUUUCUUGCUUUGGUCAGCUGGUGAAUACCUGAGAUUAUAGGCGUCUCAUGUGUGGAAACGGAUGAGAUCCUUCUGAGA